GAACACCACAUGAUAUAGUAACCGAAGAAAUUGGGAACGAAAGGUGUUAGUUUUUUCAUUAUUAGAAGUUAUGUGAAAUAAAAACUGUUUAAAACCGAGUUUAAUGUUUUCUUACUAAACGUAUUUCAUAGUCAGGUGAUAUAUAUUUUUGCCUCUUCCAUAGAAAAUAAAAAAAAAAUUAAUUAAAAACGAAUUUAACAGAACACGCAACGGGGACAAUCCACAUAUUUGAAUCACAGUAUACUUGUCUAUCUGAUAACUUUCAUAUCGUCAAAAAAUAAAAAAAGGCGAGAGAGGGUCAAGCUCGACAUGUUUUGAUAAGAACACGCGGGACAAAAGAACGGGAUGUGAUGGUAAAGAUAGAUAAAUGAAUCGAUCAAGUCACAGAAGCAAAACAACAAAACCACAAAGCACGGUGAAAAGUAAAGAUUGGAUGCAUUGUAAAUUCAGAUUGAGUGAAGUUUUAAAUUUUGGAAAUUAUUUAGCGAUUGUUUACAUUGGUUAAAAGUAAUCUCUAGUGAUUUAUUAUCCCUCGAUUGGUUCAAAAAAUAUCAUGGUGCGCUGUUUUCGUCAAAUAUGUUUUCUUUUAUUGCUGCUUUGUAGAGUCCGAAUUAUACGGACACGUAAUUUGACAAUAGGGUUAUUUGUGCCAUGGACGGGAAAGUGGCCUGUUGGAAGUAAGCUGGCAUCAGCAGCUACAAUGGCUGUUGAUGAUAUUAACAAUUCAAGAGAUUUGUUACCCAACGAACAUUUGGUAUUUGAUUGGAAAGAUGAUAAAUGUGAUAGCCAGACUAGCGUGGGUGAAACAGCAAACUUUCAUACUCGAGUUUACGACGGAAAAAAAGGCGUGGACGUGUAUAUCGGGCCUUAUUGUUCUGACGGUUGCGAGCCAAGCGGCCUGUUGGCUGCUUUUUACGACAAGCCAAUGAUAUCAUACAGCUGCUCUGCAAAACAACUUUCACAAAAAUCACAAUAUCCAACGUUCGCGAGAACAGCCUCGUUCGCACGCACAAAUGAAGUCAGCUUAUUAUUAAAAUUAGUCGGUCUUAUGAAGCAGUUUAAAUGGGACAUAAUAACGCUCAUUGUUUCCAAACAACCAGCCUGGCAUGAGUUCGGACAGACAAUAUUUGCGGAGUUUUCUAAGUACAACAAAACAGUUAGAGAGAAGUUUACCUACGAUGAAGACAUCAAAUCGCUGCUAGAGGAAGCUAAAAAGGACGCCAGAAUUUUCGCUCUCUUUGGAUAUCAUCAUGAAAUCUCCAAAAUCCUUGUUGAAGCUCGAAGAAUGGGGAUGUUCAAUGGUGAUUAUGUCUUUAUCACAUUAGACUUUCAAGUUGAAAAGAAAUGGGAAAAAGAGCCAUGGAUGAAGGGAUAUAAUAUAUCAACAGCAUUUACUGGAUUUCUAGAUCUGAGUGUUCGUAAGCCAUCUGGACUUGCAUCCUAUGAUGCAUUUAGUAGGAUAGUGAGAAAGCGUAUGAUUGAAGCACCAUUUUAUCAUGCUAUGAAUGAUUCAGUGGAGGUUAACCAAGAUUCUGCAUAUCUUUAUGAUGCAAUUUACUUGUAUGCAUUGGCUUACAACAAAACAAAAGCAGCAGGGCAAGAUCCACACAACACUACAGAACUAAUGAAUAACCUUUUCAAUGCAACAUUUGAAGGUAAAUCUGGUGAUGUUGUGAUUGAUCACAGAGGCGAUCGUAUUCCAAAUUAUGAGUUAAACAAUUACCAGAAUGGGAAGAAAGUUCGUAUGUGCACUUAUGAAAUUAACUCGGGCGAAUGCAUUGAAGUCAAUAAAAGCUUUGUUUGGCCUGGAGGUCGAAAAUCACCACCGAAAGACCAACCAGAAUGUGGAUUCAAUAAUGAACGUUGUCAAGACGAUCCCAACAGUAAGGAGAACACGAUGAUACAAAUUCUUGCUAUCAUAUUUGGUAUUUUGUUCAUUGUGGUGGCAUUGGCAGUUAUUCUUGUUUACAGACGAAGAAAAUUUGAAAAAGACCUUCUCGGCGAAGGUUUCUUUGUUAAUUAUGACGAGAUUUUAAAUCAUGGUAGUUACGGGCAAAAUGGAAAAGCUGGUGGUUCGAUUAGUUCAAAGUUUGCUGUGAUUACGGGCCUUCUGGUUCAAUUUAGCUGCAUGAAAGAUAAAUCAAAGUCCCGGCCUGCACUGCACCAGUUUCCUGAGUCAUAUUCAAUACCAAGCGAUACAGAAAGUAUGAUGGAAAGAAGUCAAUUUAUUGUCAGUUAUCGGGGUCAGCAUGUGAUGAUAAAGAGAUUGAACAAAACAACAGCAAAUAUAUCUCGAGAAAUUUUGUUAGAGUUUAAACAGGUGCGCGAGCUAAAUCAUACGAAUAUCUGUCAGGUAGUUGGUGUUUGCACGCAGGUGCCCAACGUGUGUAUUCUAACGCAGUACUGUUCCAAAGGUAGCCUGCAGGACGUCCUACAGAACAGUGAUAUUAAGCUAGACUGGAUGUUUAAAAUGUCGUUUACGUCAGACAUAGCAGCUGGGAUGCUUGAAUUGCAUCGUAACGGUGUUAUACAUGGUCAUUUGCAUUCAAACAACUGCGUCAUUGACAACCGUUGGGUGUGCAAAAUAUCUGACUAUGGCAUGGACAAGUUUAAACAGACGCAUUAUAACAAUAAUGAAGACGAAACAGAGUACCAGAGAUACAGAAAGCUUUUAUGGCAAGCUCCCGAGUUGUUAAAGCAUACCAACUCCGGUGCAAAAAGCAAAGAAGGGGAUUCUUACAGUUAUGGUAUCAUUCUAUCUGAAAUUAUUAGCAGGGACGACCCGUAUGCAGAGUAUGAGAUGGAACCAAAAGAAAUCGUAAGUAACGUCCAAGCAAGAUUGGACCCUCCGUUUCGUCCGAAGAUUUUAGAAGACGAGUGCGAUGUGCGGUACUUGAACUUAAUGAAAUCCUGUUUGAUGGACAGUCCGCAGCAACGACCAACGUUUGAACAAAUUAAGGGCCGCUUGAAAAGAAUGUAUGGCGGAAGGCAAGGCAACCUUAUGGACAAUAUGAUAGCGAUGAUGGAAAAAUAUACGAACAAUUUAGAGGAGCUUGUGGAAGAGCGCACUGAACAGUUGGCUGCGGAAAAAGCGAAAACCGAUGAACUUUUAUAUAAAAUGCUGCCGCAGUAUAUUGCGGAGCAGUUAAAAAACGGACAGCAAGUCUCUGCAGAAAGUUUCGAGUCUGUGACGAUCUUUUUUUCCGAUAUUGUUGGCUUCACUUCGUUAGCUUCUGAGAGCACACCUAUGCAGGUGGUUGAUCUACUUAACGACCUUUACACUUGCUUCGACAAAUGCAUCGACAGCUAUGACGUGUACAAGGUUGAAACGAUCGGCGAUGCGUACAUGGUUGUGUCUGGCUUGCCACAGAGAAACGGAAUUCGACAUGCGGGUGAGAUAGCUACCAUGUCGUUGGAUCUGCUGCACCAUAUCAAGACCUUUCGAAUCAGACACGUACCGGACAAACAAAUUCAACUAAGGAUAGGAAUUCACUCAGGGUCGUGUGUUGCUGGGGUUGUGGGGUUAAAAAUGCCACGUUAUUGCUUGUUUGGCGACACAGUAAACUACGCAUCACGCAUGGAAUCCAGCGGACUAGCCCUGCGAACUCACGUCAGUCCCGAGUGUAAAGGGUUGCUGGAUCAGUUGGGCGGUUACGAUUUAUUAGAUCGAGGUCCAGUCCAGAUGAAAGGGAAAGGAACCAUAAACACUUACUUUUUAACUGGAAAAGUUGGCUUUAACAAAUCUCUGCCUGAUUUGAGAAAUGCUGCUAGCUUGGCUGAUCAUUCAUUUAAAUGAUCAUGUGGUGAUUUAACAGAGGUGGUCGUCGUAUUUCGCUGUGAAACGGCCGUUAAAUUUCCAUCAGACCCUGGCAUACCAAGUGAAUAUGACGAAUGACCAAUCAUGGUCGGUUUAUGAAAGAUCUGGUAAGUCCUCAACAAACCAAAGUGGUGCUUUUCCUGCAAAAUGUAAUAGAAAUUGGAGAAAGCAAUUUAUUGAAGAGUUUUGUGUAAAAACAUUCGAGGAGAUAAACUCAUUAUUUAACUCUAACCAGUAGUGCGUUAGUGUUUAGUUCUGCGCAUGCGCAUGUGUGUGUUUAGAAUAACGACUUAGAUUUUCCUUUCUAAA